UUUGACUAAUUUCCUUGUACAUAAGAUAGGACAAGAAAGGAAAGACGCGGUUACAUGACAUCCAAGCAACAAAGUAACCGCAACACGGCAAUGUGAAUUUCAAACGGCUAGUUUGUAGUUUGGCUUUGUUUUGCCGCAAACACCAACAAUCUAUAAAUUCCCCCGACCUGCAAAGCGCGCCUUUCUCUAACAAGGCUCAACGAUCAUCGCUCUCCAAUCCUUUCCUCUUGCUCUCUUCUAACGUUUCUCUCAUCGGCGAACCACACAGCACGGACAGCAGAGCUCUCUCUCCUCCUCUUCUCAGCUCUCGUCUCAGUUUCUUCUUGCUCCGCGCGAUUUCUUUGUUUGCUUCUAUUUGAGUUCCAUUUCAUCUGCGAUAGCUUGCUGUUCUCUUUCCCUAAGCCCUAUUUUGAAGAUCACACACACUCGUUGAUUUCUAUCUUCACUAAUCGUAUUUUUGUUUUUGUUUACCGUAAGCUGCUAGGGUUCUUUCUUUCUUUCUUUCUUGUCUCGUUUUGUUUCUCUGUGUGGAUGCAGGGUCGGCGGAUAUGAUUUACAGCAACCCAAAUCCCAGGUUCCCGCUGCAGAGGAGGAGUAGCUCCAAAGAGAACUUGGAUAGAUUCAUACCACAUCGAUCGGCCAUGGACAUGGCUUAUGCCCAUUGGAUGGUCACUGAAGGUAGGAAAGAAACGGAGCCACCACUUCCGAGGUCUCCUUCGAGCGAGGCUUACUGGAGGCUACUGUCUGAGACAUUGAACCUAAACCGAACCAGGAUCUUUGCAUUCAAGAACAAGCCACCUGUCCCGGUCGACCUGAUCCCUCGUCAACACACUUCCUCUUCAGCUUUUUCUUCGUCUCCACAUCACCAGGCUAAACCCUCUAAGCCUCGCAGGCACAUUCGGCAGACUCCAGAGAGGAUAUUGGAUGCUCCUGACAUUGUCGAUGAUUUCUACUUGAACUUACUGGACUGGGGCAGCAGCAAUGUUGUAGCCAUUUCUCUAGCAAGCACAGUUUAUCUAUGGGAUGCUUCCUGUGGGUCACAUUCAGAGCUUGUUACCAUUGAUGAGGAACAUGGCCCUGUUACCAGCGUGAAAUGGGCUCCUGAUGGCCGCCAUCUCGCUAUUGGCUUGAACAACUCUGAAGUCCAAUUGUGGGAUGCAGCCUCCAAUAAACAGCUGCGAACUCUGAGAGGUGGACACAGAUGUCGGGUUGGAUCAUUGGCAUGGAACGACCACAUCCUGACCACAGGUGGAAUGGACAGCCUGAUUAUAAACAACGAUGUCCGAAUCCGUGACCACAUAGUAGGGACCUACAGGGGGCAUUCACAGGAAGUCUGUGGGCUGAAGUGGUCAGCUUCAGGACAGCGAUUAGCAAGUGGGGGAAAUGACGAUCUCAUCCACAUAUGGGACAGAAGAAGUUCCAUGGCUGCAACUCAUCAAUGGCUUCACAGGAUGGAGGAACACACUGCAGCAGUGAGGGCUCUGGCGUGGUGUCCAUUUCAAGCCAACUUGCUUGCCUCAGGUGGAGGUGGUGGUGACAUGAGCAUCAAGUUCUGGAACACCAUCACGGGGGCUCGAUUGAACUCAGUUGACACGGGUUCCCAGGUUUGCGGCCUGUUGUGGAACAAGAACGAGAGGGAGCUUCUCAGCUCUCAUGGGCUCACUGGCAACCAGCUGACUCUGUGGAAGUAUCCAUCCAUGGUGAGGACUGCUGAACUAACUGGGCAUACCUCCAGGGCGCUUUUUUUGGCUCCGAGUCCAGAUGGUUGCACUGUGGCAUCUGCUUCAGGGGAUGAAACCCUCAGGUUCUGGAAUGUGUUUGGCGAUCCGGCCGAAGCUGCUCAACUAAAACCUGCCCCAAAGGUAAAUUCUGAGCCCUUCUCUUGGGCAAAUCGAAUCAGGUAGGUAGUUCAUGUGAAGAAGGAUCUUUAUAUGAAGAUGUGCAUAGAAGAAGAUAGAUCAUCACUAAUCCCGUUGAUGUAGCAAUGGCACCUUAUGCAAGGAACCACAUUAAAGUUUCUGUGAAAGUUCUUGGUUUCAUGCUUGAUUUCCAGCAAAACAGAUGUAGUAUUGAUUGCCGUUCCCCCUGGGGACGUUUUCACUCGAGAAGUUGUCUGCAAGUUGCAACUGAAGGACAUUGAAUUUGAGAAAACACCAGAGGCCAACAUCACAAGAAUGGUAUAUCCCACUUGAUGCUCCACUUUCCAGGAAGAUUGUCCCUGCCAUUUCAUUGCUGCAUACUUUCACUUCCCAAUCCAUUGAAUAGCAAGCCGACUCUGAUUCUUCUGCUUGGUAUGGUCUCAAGGCUGGAGCUUGAAGUACCAAGUUCCAAUCUUUGACAACUGGAUCACCAGAGGGUCUUUGCUGAUCUCCACAGAGAAAUCGCUGAGGACUUCAAUCCUAACUUCAGCUUUUGUGCAGCUUGAUCAACAUUCAAAGAGUAGAACUUUGCUUCCAUGGAGUUAUGGAGGAAGCUGCAGCAGCAGAAAGAUGAUCCACUCUCAAGUAGGAGCUUUCUCCUAGUACUCACAUCAUCUACGCUCGCAGAUAUGGAAGCCAACGAUUAUAAGGAUGGCAGCUCAACUGCAACAGAUAAUCAGUACCGAAUUAACAAUCUUACCGCAUGGGACAGAGCUGUUUCUUUGACAUCAGAAGAAUGGCUGCCAAGGCUGCAGCUGCUAAUAGGUAGAUGGAAGCAGGAAAACAAGAGGAGAGGAGUCGUGAUAAGCCUCAUUGUUCGUGUUAUGUUACCUUUCGUGUUUGAGACCACCGAGAAACGGAAUCAAAUGCAAUGAAUAGUAGUUUUCAUUGGUUAAUAAAACUAUAAAAGUACUUAGCAUUGGUAAGUGAAUUUACAUUAGUUGUUGUAUUAUUAUACAUACUAGUAAUUAUUAGUAUUAUAAUAGCGCAAGUUACCUAU